GUCAGUGCGGAAUCCUAAACCAGCCCAAUUUACAUCCAUUCAUGAAUCUGUGACGUCAGCAAGCCUUCGGGCUCCUUUGCGGUGGGCUGGAGGAUUGUGUGGGUGGAAUCCCCCUCCCCCUUAUUUUUCUAAUUCUGCAAGGUUUUAAAUUAAACCUUCCAUCUUUUUAAAGCAAGAAAAUGGAACUGCAUGUGUAGGAAUUCUUCAUUGUUGUAUUAUUUCUUAAGGAUAUGGGGGAGAGAAACAUUUAGAAGAUGCCAUCUUUACCCCUAAGGAAUCUAGAAGGUUUUGGAGCCCUCUCUUACAUCAGAGCUCUAUUCACAUAGCCCUCUGAGUGUCAUCUCAGGACCUUGGGCACACUCAUGGCACGAUGGCCGACCCUCAGGAGUACCGGAGCUGCUCCUCUUCCCCACACUUACCCUUGAGUGAAAACAAAACCUCCAAUGGACUACAAGAUGAACUUGCACCAAUUGGGAGCCACCCUUCACCCAAGCUCCUUAAGGACCAGCAGGAAAAAGGGGUGGUGCAAACAGAGCUAACUGAGGCCAUGAACAGCCCCAUCACCACAACUGUGUUGACAAGCGUAAGCGAGGAUUCCAGGGACCAGUUUGAGAACAGCGUCCUUCAGCUAAGGGAGCAGGAUGAAUCAGAGAUGGCCGUGUCUCAGGGGAACAGCAACACUGUGGAUGGAGGGAGCAUGAGUGGAACUGAAGACAUCAAGAUUCAGUUCAGCAGGUCGGGCAGCGGCAGUGGCGGGUUUCUUGAAGGACUAUUUGGAUGCUUAAGGCCCGUGUGGAAUAUCAUUGGGAAGGCGUAUUCCACUGACUACAAAUUACAGCAGCAAGAUACUUGGGAAGUGCCAUUUGAGGAGAUCUCAGAGCUGCAGUGGCUGGGUAGUGGAGCCCAAGGAGCUGUCUUCCUGGGCAAGUUCCGAGCGGAGGAGGUGGCCAUCAAGAAAGUAAGAGAACAGAAUGAGACGGAUAUCAAGCAUUUGAGGAAGUUGAAGCACCCUAACAUCAUCGCUUUCAAGGGUGUUUGUACGCAGGCCCCAUGUUAUUGCAUCAUCAUGGAAUACUGUGCCCAUGGACAGCUCUACGAGGUUUUGCGAGCUGGCAGGAAGAUCACACCACGAUUGCUAGUAGACUGGUCCACAGGAAUUGCAAGUGGCAUGAAUUAUUUGCACCUUCAUAAAAUUAUUCAUCGUGACCUCAAAUCACCUAAUGUUUUAGUGACUCACACAGAUGCAGUAAAAAUUUCAGAUUUUGGUACAUCUAAGGAACUCAGCGAUAAAAGCACCAAGAUGUCCUUCGCUGGCACAGUGGCAUGGAUGGCGCCAGAGGUGAUACGGAACGAACCUGUCUCUGAAAAAGUCGAUAUAUGGUCUUUUGGAGUAGUGCUUUGGGAGCUGCUCACGGGCGAGAUCCCUUACAAAGAUGUAGACUCUUCAGCCAUCAUUUGGGGGGUUGGAAGCAAUAGCCUACACCUUCCAGUUCCUUCCACUUGCCCUGAUGGGUUCAAAAUCCUUAUGAAACAGACAUGGCAAAGUAAACCUCGCAACCGACCUUCUUUUCGGCAGACACUCAUGCAUUUAGACAUUGCGUCUGCAGAUGUUCUUGCCACCCCACAAGAAACUUAUUUUAAGUCUCAGGCUGAAUGGAGAGAAGAAGUGAAAAAACACUUUGAGAAAAUCAAAAGCGAAGGAACUUGUAUCCACCGAUUAGAUGAAGAACUGAUUAGAAGGCGCAGAGAAGAGCUCAGGCAUGCUUUGGAUAUCCGUGAACACUAUGAGAGAAAACUGGAGCGGGCUAACAAUCUAUACAUGGAACUGAGUGCCAUCAUGCUGCAGCUGGAAAUGCGGGAGAAAGAGCUCAUUAAACGUGAGCAAGCUGUGGAAAAGAAGUACCCUGGGACCUACAAACGACACCCUGUCCGACCAAUAAUCCACCCCAAUGCCAUGGAGAAGCUCAUGAAAAGGAAAGGGGUGCCUCACAAACCUGGGAUGCAGGCCAAACGGCCAGAUCUGUUGAGAUCUGAAGGCAUCCCCAGCACGGAGGUGGCUCCCGCUGCAUCCCCUUUGUCCGGAAGUCCCAAAAUGUCCACCUCAAGCAGCAAGAGCCGGUAUCGGAGCAAACCACGCCACCGCCGAGGGAGUAGCAGAGGCAGCCAUAGUGACUUUGCAGCAAUCUUGAAAAACCAGCCCGCCCAGGAAAAUUCACCCCACCCCACUUACUUACACCAAACUCAAUCCCAAUACCCUUCCUUGCAGCAACAAUACCAGCACCCCGCUCCUGCCGUGUCUCAGAGUCACCAUCCCAGGCUCAAUAUGCACGGACAGGACAUUGCAACAUGCACCAACAACCUGAGGUACUUUGGCCCAGCAGCAGCCCUGCGGAGCCCACUCAGCAACCAUGCUCAGAGACAGAUGCCUGGCUCUAGCCCUGACCUCAUCUCCACAGCCGUGGCCGCAGAUUGCUGGAGAAGUUCUGAGCCUGACAAGGGCCAGGCCGGCCCGUGGGGCUGUUGUCAGGCUGACCCUUAUGACCCCUGCCGCCAGUGCAGACCAGAACAGUGUGGGUCCUUAGACGGUCCCCCUGCUGAGCCAGCGGGGAGCAGCCCCGACCUUUUCAAGUCACCAGCACACAAUCUCCUCUCAGACAGUGCCCAAGGUUCUGAGAAAAUGGAAGAAACUGAAUUCAGCAGCUGUAGGUCUGCCUCAUCUCUUGGCGUCCCUCAUCACAUCACCCCCCCAGUGCUACCUCGAAAAACAAGGCCCCUCCAAAAGAGUGGAGAUGACUCCUCAGAAGAGGAAGAAGGAGAAGUAGAUAGUGAAGUUGAAUUUCCACGAAGACCAAGACCCCAUCGCUGCAUCAGCAGCUGCCAGUCAUAUUCCACCUUUAGCUCUGAGAAUUUCUCUGUGUCUGAUGGAGAGGAGGGGAACACCAGUGACCACUCAAACAGUCCUGAUGAGUUAGCUGAUAAACUUGAAGACCGCCUGGCAGAGAAGCUAGAUGACCUGCUGUCCCAGACGCCGGAGAUCCCCAUCGAGAUAUCCUCGCAUUCAGACGGACUGUCUGACAAGGAGUGUGCCGUGCGCCGCGUGAAGACGCAGAUGUCUUUGGGCAAGCUGUGUGCGGAGGAACGUGGCUAUGAGAAUCCUAUGCAGUUUGAAGAAUCGGACUGUGACUCUUCAGAUGGGGAGUGUUCUGAUGCCACAGUUAGGACCAAUAAACACUACAGCUCUGCUACUUGGUAAUGAGAGAAUACCCAUCCUGAAGAUCUCAUGACUGUACCGGCAUUUCAAAUCCAUCCCACCCCCAGACUCUUCCCACUCUCUCCCCACUUUUUUUGUCUGGGAAGAGAGCUGCCCCAUCUUUCUUACCCCUAGAAAUGAGCUGCAAUAACAGGACCAUGAGACUUCACAAAUCUCUGGAAAAAAUAUCCAAAUGAAAUUAAGUCUCACUGAACAUUUCAAUCAAGAAUGGCAGGGAUCUAUUUUACUGAAUAUUCUAGCUACUGUAACAUUGAUAUUUAUUUUUGUUUGACAUUUUAACACUUUGUACUGUAAAGAGUGAACUAUAUGUGAUAUAUAAAGAGACACAAUAAUUUCUUGAAAAAAAGAGAGAAAGUAAGAAAGAAAGAAGUGGAAUAUAGGAGCAACAUUCUUGGGAAUUUGUGGGGCCAGAAGGUAUUAUUGCUACUUGAACAGGGGACCAGUUCUUUUGUCCAUAAGGGACUGAAGAAGAGCCAGAGCAAGACAUGUUGAGCCUUUUAGAAAACAAAGAACAGCAAAAGGAAAGCAAUUCCAGGUAACUUGUGAACAGACUGCAUUAAAUUCAACCAGCUUGUCCAGAUGGGUGAUGGAAAUGACCUAGAAACGUUUGAUGACAAGAUCCUUGCACCCAAGAUCUUUGAGGGCAUGUGCUUCCUCUAGGAGGAAAAAGAAAACUGUAUAUGUGGGAGCUGGUUUCUUUUUUUUUUUUUUUUAAUUUUAAGCAGCAUUUGGUAGUGAGACUUACAGAUAGAGUCAAACCUUGUCCUCGACAAAUAUUUCCCUUUUUAAUGCUGUCAUUGUCAUGACCUUGACCAUGUGUUACCUUGACCAAUGUGCCAUUUUCUUGUAGCUUAUUUCAUUUCCACCUGUGGACCAGUUUCUUUAGGGAAAACGGGGUGGGGGAGCUGAGGAGGAGAGAAAAAUAAGAGAAAAAAGAAAUUGACGACUGUGUUAGAAAAGCAAAUGUGGAAUUUGUACAAGUGCUUUGUCAGAAUGUCUUAGUUCAGCUACAUGGAGAAGAUGGGAUCACCCCUCUCUGGAACCAGGUUGCUUGUCUACUAGAGUGAUACUGAUUCAAACAGGAGAACAGACUUUGAAGGCAGCUAGGAUGUGCGUGAGUUGGUCCAAUGUCCAAUCCCAAGCCACCCCCUUGUUUUCAUUAACUCAUUCUAUCCUGGAAGCUUUAGCGACUGGCUACCAGUAUCAGAAAAAAAGGCCAAAUAAGCAACUUGCAAAAGGUACCCCAUCUCCCACUUUUGUUAAAUGCUAUUUGUAAAAUGUAUUUUACUUCACUUUGGAUCGGUGCGGUUUUGAAUAAUUCGAUUCGGAAAUUUGUGAAAAAAACAACUGAUGCUGAGCAGCAAUUGGGAAGGUUUUACAUUGUCCAAAGCAUGAGGUCCUUCCUGUCUCCAGAGUCAUGGGCUCUGAAGAGCAUCCCAGGUUACUUCAUGGUGCCUCGGCUAUAAGGAAAUUUUUGUCUAGAAUUUUAUAGAAAAACAGCUGUUGGCCUAGUUCCUGUCUCUGUCUCCAAGAUAGGUUACUGUCAAACAACCUCUCUAGGCUCAAGACCUGAAGAAGAUAGAUGGCCAGACUCAUUAAUAAUUCAUCACAUUGGACACGAGGAAAGACUUACAUAAACAUGUAUUAUAGUAAACCAUUUCCAAUGCAGAUGAAAACAUUGCCCUCCUCUGGGCUUCAGUGAUUGCAUCAGCCAAAAAAGAAAGCCUGGAGGGAAUUUAGAACAGUUCCUUUUGCUUGUUAGAUCCCUCCAUUUGUUUACAAUUUAUGUUGAGAUAUUGAUUUAAAAUUUAGUGUCUAUAAUUUAUAGCUUAGGCAAGAUGAAGAAAAAUGUUUAACUUAUACAGAGAGCAGUAUUGUUUGCGUUAAAUUAUUCCAUUUUGUAUAAAUUCUGUAGCUGGACUACAUGAAAGAUCUUAAGUUAUGGCAUUAUUAUCAUUGUUAUUUUAUUUUAUAAUAAUUAUUAUCAUUCUCAUUUUCUGUCGAUCAGAAAGUGUGGUUUACGGUAUAGCACAAUGAUUGUGUUUAUUGCUAACCAUGAAUUAUUAUGAAUUUUUAUGAUUUUCAUGAAGGAAUGAAAAUGGAACUGCCAUUUGGAAGCUCUCCAGUAUUCAUCUUAGGUGCAUUCCCUCAUUUUCUGUGAACAACAACAAUCAUCUGAGGAUGCGUUUUCUGCCCUGGAGCCCAACGCAUACAUUGUGAUUUUGACUUGAUCAUGAACGCUCCUGGGUGGGCAGGUGACUGAGUGGAUGGACAAACAGUUCAAAAGCUGUAAACUUUCUCAAGUUUCUUAAGAAAUAAAAUCAUGAGACUACAUUAGAAGCAAAAAGAGAGUUAUUUAAUGCCCUAAGAGGAAUGGACCUAGAGAGUUUCUGCAUGGGACCUGUGGGUUAGACAGUUCCUGCCAGGUCCCACAAAAUCAACCUGUUUUCUCCUAGUUGGGAGUAGCACGUAAACUAAAAAAAAAUGAAAA